AUCUGCGCGGGCCGCAGAGGCAGUGAGCAACCUUGAUGUCCUCGUUUUCACCCCCAUGCCCCCUUCCCAUGCAUCACCAUAGCUGCUCACGGAAAUUGAUUUCAUUUGCUGCUUGUUUUUUCACCUGACUGGCUAUGAGAAAAACCUCACUCGGAUUUCACCGAGUGCCUUUCAGCCGGUCGGGGACGAUUCCAAUCCUUGUUUCUGGCCACCUCUGCGGUCCAUUCUCUGCAGAUACGAUGACCUGCAAAACACGAAUUAAACCGUCUAGAAUUCAGUUAUUUCCCCAAAGUCAUGGAAAUCGAGUUUGACUCUCCCUAGACCACUCUAUUCAAAACAUUCUUUGACUUGGGGGUACCAUAUCGAAGCCCUCAAGAUGUCAAGCGAAACAGAUCAUGAGAAAAGGAUUUUUGAUGGUGGUUCUUACUCUCGUUCAAAAACCGGGCACAGGCCAAUCAUUCAGGGAGAAGCGAGGUCUCCAGGAACACACGCAGAACACCAACAUGCCGUCACCAAAGGCGAAGUCGACGAUACAACGGUUUUCUACAACCUCAACAAAGACACAGCUGGGCCUCUAGCACCAGGAUCUGAGAAGAGGCUUGUGCAAAAGAACUUUUGGUUUCUCCUAGGACAGACAUGGUGGAUUGCCUUCCUCAUCCAUCUGGAUAAGUCAACUUUGUCGCAAGCCAGUACUAUGGGCAUCUUCAAGGAUGUCGAGAUGACGAAAAAGCAGUACAAUGAUCUCUUUGUAGUCUUAUACACCGGCUACUCAUUGCUCUCUGGCCCGGUGCCUGCUUGUCCCAGCGCACCGGUCAAAAGCAAUUCAUCGUCGGCUCUCUGUUACUCUGGGCUUUCUUGCUCGGCAUGCACCCACUUGCGAAGACAGGAGGGCAGCUUAUGGCUCUCCGAUUUAUCCUUGGCAUGGUUUCAGACCGAGUCCCAGAUCGUUCCGAGUACCACAAUCCUUCACCAAGCAUUUUUCCCUCCCAAGAAAAGCCCCUGGGUACAACUUCUAUGGUGGGCUUCAGGAAGCCUGGCCAACGUUUUGCUUACCAUGGUCGCCUACAAGCUCAUUCUUCUGGACGAUAGUCAAGCUCUUGUCGGUGGCCUUUUGUCAAGUUGGGGGUGUUGACGCAGGGUGGAAGCUCUCAAAGGCCAACUACAGUUAGGGGUAGAAUGAUGAAUUACUGAAAUCUGCUCCUCCCUCGACGUGUACUCCCUGCGCUGUAUAUAUAUCUGAGCUGCUCCUUUGUUGCUUGGACUCCUUACUACCUCUAACUAGCCCCCAUCCGCGAGGGCUCUGACAAUGUUUAAGGAGGCUAGGUCGAGAGUAUACCCGCGGUUAUAGGUAGGAGCCCCUGCCUCCCCUAUAAAG